UUUUCUGUGGGUUAUUUUUUAUUACUGUGUUAUAUCAAAAAAUUACAUUUGAAUUAAUCAAUAAAAUAAGAAGAAUUGUACAGCCCUAAUGUGAACUGUCCCUUUAAGGAUUUAGCAUUAAGCUUUUAAUUCAGAGUUUGAUUCAAGUUCAUUUUGAAGGCAUUUUGUUAACAUUAACCUUUAGAAAUCCUGAUGUUGAUCUGUUUGAACACACCCAAGUGACCAGAAGCCUCACCCUCUCUCAUUUCUCUUUUCUGUCAUACUGACUCUCGUGUCUUGACAAAAGCAGACAAGUAUCAGCGAUCAGUGUUUCAUUUUUCAGAAAGUGAAAGUAAAGUUUAGAUUGCUGGAGCUCAAACAGUGAAAAUGGCUUCAUUAUCUGAAGAUGAUUUUUCUUGUCCUGUGUGCUGUGAAAUCUUCAACAAUCCUGUUAUUUUAUCAUGUAGUCACAGUGUCUGUAAAGAGUGUCUUCAAACUCAGGAGUGUCCUGUCUGCAGGAGAAGAUCCUCAAGAGAUGAUCCUCCAUGUAAUCUUGUGUUGAAAAACUUGUGUAAGUUGUUCCUGAAGGAGAGAAAUGAGAGGCGUUCAUCAGGAUCUGAGGAGAUCUGCAGUUUACACAGUGAGAAACUCAAACUCUUCUGUCUGGACGACAAACAGCCUGUGUGUUUAGUGUGCAGAGAUUCACAACAACAUGACAAUCAUAAACUCAGACCCAUCAGUGAAGCUGUUUCAUCAAAUAAGGAGGAGCUCAAUAAAGCACUGAAGUCCUUACAAGAGAAAAUUCAACACAAUGAAAAAAUGAAAGGAGAGUUUGAGAAAACAGUUCAACACAUCAAGUCUCAAGCUGAGCACACAGAGCAUCAGAUUAAACAGCAGUUUGAGAAGCUUCAUCAGUUUCUCAGAGAUGAAGAAGAAGCUACAAUCACUGCACUGAGGGAGGAAGAGGAGCAGAAGAAGCAGAUGAUGAAGGAGAAGCUGGAGGAGAUGAACAGACACAUCUCAGCUCUUUCACACACAAUCAAAGACAUGGAAGAGAUGAUGAAAGCCAAUGACGUCUGCUUUCUGAAGAAGUUUCCAGCCUCAAUGGAAAGAGUCCAGAUCUCACAGCCGGAUCCACAGAUGGCUUCUGGAGCUUUGAUUCAUGUGCCACGUUACUUAGGCAACCUGCCGUUCAGAGUCUGGAAGAAGAUGCAGGACAUCGUCCAAAACACUCCUGUGAUUCUGAAUCCAAACACUGCGAAUCCAGAUCUCGUCCUGUCUGAUGAUCUGACCAGUGUGAGAGACAGCGGGAACAAACAACCUCUUCCUGAUAAUCCAGAGAGAUUUGAUAUCUAUUCCUGUGUUCUGGGUUCAGAGGGUUUUAACUCAGGAACACACUGCUGGGAUGUGGAGGUUAAAGAGAAUUCAGCCUGGAGUCUUGGAGUAACUACAGCAUCAAACCAGAGGAAGGGAUUUGUUUUCUUCAACGCUGAUGUCUGGAGUGUGCGGUACAGUGUGUUUACGCAGACUGGUUUUCCUGUUGAACAGUAUCUUGAGCGUGUGAGAGUGUAUCUGGACUAUGACAGAGGAAUGGUGUCAUUCUCUGAUCCUGUAACUAACACACAUCUACACACAUUCACAACCACCUUCACUGACACACUCUUUCCUUUCUUCAGUUGUUCUUCCUCUCUAAGGAUCUUACCAUUAAAUAGUCAGGAAACGUUGCUCCUGUAGGUCUGGAUCUUCCUGUUUUUAUCAUGUUAUCGUGCUUCACUGGUGAUUCAUUGUGUCACUGGCGUUACUGUUUUUUGUCUGUCACAUUAAAUAAAAUGUGUCAUAUGUGACAUGAUGAUAAUUUUACAUUGAAUUCUAUUACACUCAGAAAUGAAGAUUUAAAGGAUUGCAUCAUUACUUGUUUAUAUUUCAUUGUUAAAGCAAAUACAUGGUUGUGCAAAUGAACUGACUUCAUUCAAUCACACUGUUAACAAACCUGAUUAAAAUAAUAAAUAACAUACAAUCUC